AGAGGCUAUGUGCAAAUUUAGAGGGACCCUAACUUCAUAGGCCUUGUCGGAUUCCAUAAAAAUAUACAUGCAGAUCUGCAACCUUCAGGACAACCUGUCUGCCAGUCUUGAGCCCUUCCUCUUAAAAGCACUACCGAGUCCUCAGUCUGAGUGCUUAUGUUGCUUGUGCCCAAAUUUUCAGGGCAGCAUCUUUGUGUGUAUGUGUGUGUGUGUGCCUCCACUGAAGGUGGGUAGGUAGCUUUCCGUUAAUGAGGGAAGUUGCACUGGAUUUCUACAUGACUGAUGAAGGUCCCAUUACUCUGUCUCCAUGUAUGUCCAUUUGUUUCCUAUAUAAGCGCAUUUUAUAUUUCACCUAACUGUUUUGUUGGAGAGAUGUCAGUGUAAAGCUUCUCCAAAAAGAUAAGUCUCCCAAUUACAUCAUUUGCUUUGAGUUGGAUUAUAUGAGUCUCCAUUUCCAUGUAAUCUAGUUUAAACCAGAUAAUCUGGAUUCAAUGUGGCAUUGUAGCUGAGGCCUUUGUUUUGUGGCUUCAAAUUGACUUCAUCUUAUGCAGUGGUUCUCAACCUGUGGGUCCCCAGGUGUUGUGGCCUAUAACUCCCAAAAAUCCCACCCAGUUUACCAGCUUCGAGGUAUAGAGAAAAGAGGCUUUACAAUCCUUAGUUUAGGAUCUCCUCGGAUACCAGGAUCCCAUAGGAAGCAUGCCGAGCUACAGCACAGGACUGGUGAGAAUCAAAGGCAAAAAGUCUGCAUUAGUGUGAAUGGGCAAGGGUUGAUUUACUGGAAAAAAAUGUGUGGAGAUAUUAACCCUAACCCAAAGAGGUCAAAGUACUUCUCAGAAAGCAUUGCCCCCCCCCCUUCAAAAAAGUACAAUUUUCAGGAGGAUAGGGACCCAAAUACUCUAAAGCAGGCUUACACAACCUAUAAUCCUCCAGGUGUUUUGGACUUCAGCUCCCAGAAUUUUUGGAACAGCUGGCUAGAGUUUCUGGGAGUUUGAGGCUCAAACACCUGGAAAGCUGCAGGUUGUGCAGGCCUGCUCUAAAGGCACCAGGUUGCUUCUGAUCUUCAAAUAUAAACAGGGCCAACCCUGGUUAGUACUUGGAUGGGAAAUCAUCAGUGAAUACCAUCACCGGGGACUUCAGUGAGAACCUCAACCUCCUUUUUCAGAAGAAAUCCUUAACUCAGCAUGCACAGUUCUCAUUAUUUAUCAGCUGUGAGAAGAAACAAAGAAACUUGUUCCUUUGUAUACUGCAAGGAUGGGAGGCACUAAAGCACCAUACCGAGGUCUCCGAAUUGAGCAUGGCUUGUAUAAUCUUCAGAAGAGGGUAUCAGUCUCCUUCCCCGUCCCUAGUGUCAGACAAGAACAGGAAAUGCAAAAAGCUCUUCAUGAAGAUGACCAGGAUUCCUCAGAAUGCAAUUUGCACCAAGAUCUCAUUAGGGGAGAUUCUUUUAGUCAACAGCAAUUUCCUGCUCUGUUGGUACAGCAGGAGCCAGAAAAACCUACAGGGUCUCCAACAGACCAAAUGACAUCCCUAGAGAACAGUAAUGACAGCCAGACCUCAAGGUUUCAGCAGCCUCCAUUGGUUACCUCUUCCAGUCCUUGUGACAUUUCCACCAAUGGCACUCGCAAUGUGCAUAAAAGCCACCCACCAAAGCGAGUCUUCCCAUGGAUGAAGGAAACAAGACAAAACACCAAGCGCAACAGUAGCCUUCCUUCUGCAGACCCUGGAUCUCCACCACACCUUUCCUCUUCCAAGAGACUCCGCACGGCCUACACCCACACACAGCUGGUGGAACUGGAGAAAGAGUUCCACUUUAAUAGGUACCUCUGCCGCCCACGCAGGUUGGAGAUGGCCCAGCUUCUCAGGCUCUCAGAAAGGCAAAUCAAGAUUUGGUUCCAGAACAGAAGGAUGAAAUACAAGAAGGACAUUCGGUCAGCCAAGGGGACCAUUAAGAAGUCACCAAACCAAAGUCCUCAAGUGAAUAUCUAUUACGGUCAAAUGGAGCCUGAAUGUGAGACGGACACAUUGAGUUCUUGCAGCGAAGCUCAGGGUGCAGUUUACAGCACAGCAACUGAAGCUGAGCCCCUUUUCCUCAGCCCUGUAACUUCGAUCCCCUUGGAGUACUGCUCCCUCUCUGUGCAAGGAGAAAGCCAUUCUUGUGGACUCCCAGUCUUGCAAGAAAGCCUGAGUGAGAUGGGAGAAAAUUACCUGGGAAAUGUGCCUGAGGCCGAUUCAGUCUACAGCUUCCCCGAUUGCUCCUUAACAAACCUGGACUACAGCUGUUUUGCUGAACUCCCCGGCCACCACCAGCUUGGCCCUUCCAACUCACAUCCCGUUUAUACAGAUUUUGCCACACAUCCUGUGCCUCAGGGAGAUUCUCAGGGACCUGUAAAUCUUAUGCAUCUGUGAGGGGCUCCCUGCCAUGGAAACCAAACCAGGGAAAUUGCUACAGUGCUAUUAUCUCAUUAAGAAAAAAUACCUCUAAGUGCAACCAAGAGAAGGCCUUCUUCCCCCAACCUCUCAGCCCACACAUUAGCUCUUAUUUAUUUAACUGUAUUGAAAAUAAUUCACAAUGUGGGGACAGAGAGCACAGGGUUCAGACUUUAUCAGGUUUUACCAAGGCAUAUUGCCUACUAGAUGAUAUUAUUAUUAUUAUUAUUACUAUUAUUAUGUCAGUCUAAUAGUUUAGUUUAUACCUUGUGUAAAAAAUAUUUUAACUGCCAUCAAGUCGACUUUGACUUAUGAUGAACCCAUGAAUGAGAGGUCUCAAACUCACUCUAUAGUAGUCAACAGCCCUGCUCAGGUCUUGCAAACUUAGGGCUGAGGCUUCCUUGAUUGAGUUUAUUCAUCUGAAAUGUAGUGUUCCCCUUUUUAUGAUGCCUUCUACCUUACAAAGUGUUAUUAUCUUUUUUGGUGAGUCAUGACUCCUCAUGAGAAAAAAAAAUAAAGGAGAAAAAUUAACUGAA